AUGAGCGAACGACACUCGGCCGCCCUGCUGGCCGCGCAACUCUCUCAGCGCUGUCAGACUCUGCUCAGCGAUGCACACAGAGCGCAGCAAGGCGAUGCCCCGCCCAUGAAUGCGCUCAGACACGAUAGCAUCACCCUCGGCAAGGUCCUAUCGAAAGAAUCCAAUGCCAUCUCGCUCGGUCUCAAGCCGCCUCAAGAGUCAUGGAAAGUACCUUCAGAGCUCCUUCGGGGCUGGCAGAGCACAGUCGACAAGAUCGGCAUGCUCCUCGCCUGGACAAACGCGAAAGCGACCGAUUUGCUCAGAAAAGAGCUCAACUUUGCCUUGUAUUCCUUGCUGGAAGCGAUAGAAACCUUUCUUGCUUCGCUGUCCACGCUGGCCAGUACGACUGCAGCCUCGUCGGGCAGCAAGCGACAGGAUCUGCUGCAGGCGACGAGCAGGCUGUGGACAUCCGUAGAACAACUCGAACUCGUCUCGACGGAUGAACGUGAAGCUCUGCGCAAGCACUGGAAAGCCUCCCUAGGGCAACUAGACGAUGCAUUGCUCGAGCUAGAAGACUGGCUCGGGCAAUCUUCGACGGCUCAAGCGGAUGACAUCAGCACAGCAACUCACCUCGAAGCGAUGGACCAUUUCGACUUGGAUUCGGACGAGGAACUCACAGAAGUCGAACGUGAGCGUGCUCAAGCAGCCCUGACACUGCUUCGACUAGCCCGACUACUCCUCAAGCGCCUGAUCACUCGCUCGCUGGCAGAUCAGCUGGGUGCAAGCCCGCCAGGCGAUGAUGUCUACAAGCGUCUGGCCGGUACAGCGAAUGAGAUCUUUGCUAUCUUUGACGACUUGGCGGCUGCCCUGUACGGGCCUCAAGACCUUGACGAGCUUCGUGAUGCCGCUGCGUCACUCUGCAAGGCUUCACAGAUGCUCGCCACAGACGCUGUCCAGCUACAUGACCAUGACAUCGUCUCGGAUCUCGCCAGCUUAGACGUCUCUGCAGACAAGCAGAAGCAGACGCUGAGCGAGCCUCAGUGGCUGCAACUCUGCUCGCGUGAGCUCGGCAGUGCCCAUGCACGACUGCUGGCCAUUGCAUGA